CCAUUUGCCAAGUGCUGGAGUGAGGAACCCUCUCAUUGUGAUGAGUUGCCUCCUCGUUUAAAAAGUGCUGAAGCCUCAUCCGUGCGCUAAUUAAUAGCUGAGCCGUGAUGAACAAAUGCCGCGAACGUGGAGGCGUGUCGGCAGGAGCCUUCUCAUCCCUGUCAUUACACGUGUGACCUUUCAAUCAGCUGUGGCUUCUGCUCAUUGGAAUCAAGCAGUCAUAUGUGACCCUGAUCCCUCCUAUCGAAUCUCUUGACCACAGCCCCAGCGGUGAUGGUGUCAGUUUCAGGAGGGCGUCAGUAAAUAAGUGAUGAAGCGAGGACCAGCGCCUCCCUGCUCUACAUUUCCCAUCUCUAACUACUGCAUUGCAGUUUAUUUAAUCCACGGGGCCGUUUCCUCCCUCAUGCGUUCAGCCAAUUUUAGAAACCACGUUUCCGGCCAAGGUCGCGUUGGGGCUGUGUUGGGGGGAGGACGCGUUGGAGGCGGAGCCUGCAUCGCCUCCAGUCUGGGCCUCCUGCGACGACCAACUGGGCCGCGGGGCUCUCUCGCCUCCGCGACGCUGGAGACGGAGGCAGCGCCCGUUUCAGGCUGUUGCAACACAAUAUAAUGAGCUCCGGCUUUAGAGUCUUAACGGGGAUGAGGUAAUAGUGCAAAGAAGUUUAGCAACACAAAUCUGAUGCUUCCUUUUGUUUGGGAGCCAUUAUUUUCACGUUGGAAGCUCAGGUCGACUCGGGCGCUCACUGAACGGUGAUCUGGUGCAGGUGAAGAGGCUGCUGCUCCGCUGCUGAUGGGCAGUAACCUCCUCUGCGAAGCCUGAUGGCCCCUGUAAUGGGCCGCUGCAUUAUCCUGCCAGGGUUCCAUAGAAAUGCCGGCGCUGGAGAAAUGAGCCUGUUGUCUUCAGCGCGCGUCAUCCAUCAUGUUCCUCGGGGGCAGCUGCGUUGUUAAUUUCCCCUCAGCUGCUGUGUGGUAGCGUCUGCUUUUAAAGGGACGCUGCUUUCAGAUGCCAUUUGCCUGAUUCGUCUCUAAUCGCUCGAACAGGGAUUCAGUUCUGCAUCGAAUCCACAAACUAAAAUCACAAGAUUUGAUUUUUUUUCUUUUUUUCUUUUAAAGAUCUGCUUCCGCUGAAAAUCUAACCUUCAUCAUCGUCAUCAUCAUCAUCAUCACUUCAGUAUAAUUGUUGCGGCUCGGCCUAAUUCCUGAUGUGUAUCAUGUGGCUCUAAGUCCAUUGUAGAGGAGCCGCUGUCUGCACUGAUUUAAGAACACAUUACAGCAAAUCGCUUCUGACAUAAUCGAUAGUUGGAUUUAAGUGCGAGGGAUCCCGUGUCUCUCACACGGACCACGUAGCACCUCCAAGCUCUGCAUUCAGCGGCUGGAUCGUAUUUCGGUUUCCCUCCCAUUGAUUUGCGCAGGGCAGAUAAUUAAGAAUGAUUUUGGUUUCUGUUCCGUGAAAUUUGAUCUGCAAGUGGCCAAAAAGUGAGGAUGAGCUCUGAAGGAGCGUGUGUGAGUUGUGAUGCAGCGUGAAAAGAGUCUCAUCGUCCUGGUUCCUCCCAAACAUCAGCCGUCAGAACUUUGUGACUUUGUUGAAAGCGUCUCCAUCCCAGUUUUGGAACUCGUUGUGACUCACUAGUCAACGGUACCUGGUCUGAGAGUUGAUUAUCUGCCUUGAAGGUCAAUGAGCUGCAGCGGCUUCUUUACUAUGAGUUAUUCAUGAACCCGGGGACAAAGCUGAGCCCUCUCCCUCAGGAUCAGGAUGUACAUGCCUAACAAGUGUUACUGGAGAAUGGACCCUGGGAUGCGGCUCCCCCUCAGUCCGGUGUGUCCGGCCCCCUGGGGGAGGACGCCCCGGUUCCCGGCUCCCUCCAGGGCCCCUCUUUGUCCUCUGAGAUGCUGGGACACGUUGCUUAUCUCUGGGCAGGCAGUUAGCUCCAGCACUGAUGUCUAACUGACGUCCUGGCGUGUCGUGACUCAGCUUUACUACACGCCUGAGCCCCGUUUGGCUGUUGACCAUUUGCAUGAAUGUAGAUGCACGGCAUUUACAGUCUGUCCUGACGUGAACAACACGGCUGCUGAGCUGCUGCUGGAAACGCUGCAUAUUGUGGGAAGCACACACAGCGAGGUAGUAAAUCCAGGGUGUUAAUGUGCAGUAAUGGCUGUGUAGCGAGGUGCAUCAUCUUCAGCUCAGCACACUGCAAAACUAAGUACCUGAUGUUAAUGGCCGAGCAUUUCAUUUGAGCUAGUGGCCCUUCUAUUAUGCAUUUAUUGUGUGUUACGCUUGGGACGGGGGCCGCGCUGAAGGUCUUAUUGGACCUGGUCCUGAUCAGAGACUACGACCUGAUGAUGAUGAUGAUGAUGAUGAUGCAUUUUUGUAUUGAGGAACAUUAUUCUGAAAACACAGAUUGGUUUAACACGAGAGACCUAGAGAGCGUUUUCACAACUGCAUUUCCCAUGGUUUAACUGCAGCACGCUCUGGAUCUAAGAGGAAUAUUCCAAUCUGCACAAAAUCCCAUGACCUUCCAUUAAAAGAACCCAGAGGACCCUAAGAUGAUUGUAUAUUACCCAGUUUGUUCACCUAAUGAGGUGUAAAUUUUUCUUUCCAACUUUCUUGAGUUUUUCCUGCCGCCAAUUUCCGACUCUUAUUCUUAGAAGGACUGGUUUUGCCUAAACACGAGCAUUUAGAGACUUUAGAUUAGAUAUUAGAUUAGAUUAGAUCAGAUUUGUAGUCUAUAGUCUGUCUGUAGUACAGUGGGUGAAGCUUUUGAGCUUCUUUAGAGGCUGAAUCAGACAACGUCUGUUUUGUCAAUGCAGCAUUUCUGACUUUGACUAAAAAAACAAAUAUGUGCCCUUUAAUUUGAGCCGCAGUGUCUUUUCGAGCGAUCCUCUCAUUGUGUUUCACAGAGCGGUCCUUGCUCUCCCCUUCCUCCUCCUCCUCCUCCUCCCCCUCCCACCCUCUUUCACACUCUGUUGAUCAGCUCAGCAAAGGGAAAGUGCCUGUGAAACCUGAGGAUCACUUGUCGUCUGAGGAAGCGGAGGGAGCGUGUUUUUUUUUCUUGCAAGCGCGCUGACGGCCAUGGCUGCACCGAGCAAGAGGAGCCAGUGGAGGGAGGAGCUGCAGCACUUCCGCAAAGAUCACGGCUUCUCCAAGAAAGUCCUCCUCAACUGCUGCCUGGUGCGGCGCAUCGUGACCUGGGCCUCCCCGAACCUGAAAGACAGCGUUGAGGAUGAGCUGGAGCUGUCGGCGGUGCGCCAUCGCCCGGAGGGCCUGGAGCAGCUGGAGUCGCAGACCCGCUUCUCCCGCAAGGAGCUGCAGAUCCUGUACCGCGGCUUCAAGAACGAAUGCCCCAGUGGAAUCGUCAACGAAGACACGUUUAAAGACAUCUACUCGCAGUUCUUCCCACAAGGAGGUUUGUUCCACGUCUCAGCUGGUUUUAAAAACAGACAAACCCUAAAAUCCUCUGAUUCCAUGCGUCCGUUUGUCCUCAUAGAUGCUUCAACAUAUGCUCAUUUCCUGUUCAAUGCGUUUGACACAGAUCACAACGGCUCUGUGAGUUUUGAGGACUUUGUUAUGGGCCUUUCUAUCCUGCUGCGAGGCACAGUCCAAGAAAAGCUCAACUGGGCCUUCAACCUUUAUGAUAUCAACAAAGACGGAUACAUCACUAAGGAGGAAAUGCUGGACAUCAUGAAGGCCAUUUAUGACAUGAUGGGGAAGUGCACGUACCCCGUCCUCAAAGAGGAGACGCCUCGUCAGCACGUGGAGGUUUUCUUCCAGAAGAUGGACAAGAACCGCGACGGCGUCGUGACCAUCGACGAGUUCAUCGACUGCUGCCAAAACGACGAGAACAUCAUGCGAUCGAUGCACCUCUUCGAGAACGUUCUUUAACCGCCGUGUGACCGCGGAGCCUCUGGACGGAGCCUCACCUGCAGCUGGGCCCAGUGACUGAUGGACUGUGCUAUGCAGACUUUUGAUCAGACUGUAUCAUUCAUGGCCACAGGUGGGAGUGGGCUUGAUGCCAGGAACGCUCUGGAACCAGGUGCCUCUGUUGAAUCUGAAAUAUUUAAAAUCAAAAUAUGUGUCUUAAAAGGAAUUGGAGUCUUUUUUAAAUCUCUGUUGCAGCUUAGUUUCAUUUACUGCCAAGUAAAAUCACUGUGACUUUCCAACGCAUCAAAUUGAAUUGAACUGAAUUGCAUGAGUGCAUGUUUGGGUUCCAGAGCGUUUCUGCCUUGGCCGUCGCGGUCCGUCCAAGUGUUUGGGGAGGAAAACGUAUUUUAAACUGUAAAUAAUAACGUAGAUGCAGCGACACACGAGACUUUUCAACUUUGUUCAUGUUUACUUGCCAACUAUAACAAGACAACACGAGGAUUGUAUUGAUGUCAAAGUCGGACCAUUGAGUGGUUUGUCCACAGAAGCACACGUAUUAAGUCUAGCGUUAGUAACAACCUUUGCUGCUUUCGGUGUAUUUCAUUUAACCAUACAGUUUGUAUGUACAUCCUGGAAGUAACCCACCCACCAACACCUUUUAUUUAGCUUUAGUUGACACUAAGAGCAGUGUUCCAGGUUAUUUCUAUGGUAUUAUGGUCAUUGUACAAAAGAUUGUCAGAUGUACAGUAUUAAAACGAAAAAAUUCACUCGCGGGUGAAUUUCCAGUCUUUAGAGUUCUUCAUCAUAUUUGCACCACACCAGUUCAGCCUGACCAGGUUACAUGAGUGUUGCUCCGCCCAGAAGAUGAGCAGACGCAAAGCAUGCUGGGUAGAAGUCUGACGAACUGACUGACUUCUGCUCUUUGGAAAAGACUGGAUCGCUGACGUGAGUGUUAGGACGUUUUGUGUUUUUUGUGGAUAUUAAAUACAGAAAGUGUCCUUUUGAAAUCUGAUGAAA